GAUGUUAGAUUUAGACUCAUUACGUUAUAAUGAUUUGCAAACUUUGGCCAAGCAAUUUGGUAUAAAAGCCAAUCAAAAAGCUGUCAAACUAAAAGCAGUCUUGAAGAAGAAAUUAGAGUCAAUUGAGGAUGAAGACAAAAAUGAAUUACUCAAUAAGACAUUUGAUAUUACUGAUGAUGAGGAUAUGGAUACCAGCACUGCUACAGAAGAGAAAGUCGAUAUACAUCCAGAUGUAUCAAUAGAUAAAUCGAAAGAUAUGGAUAGAGAAAAUGAUAUAAAAGACUUGCAAGAGGAAAGUAAAAUAGUCAACUCAGAACCUGGACCAUCUUCAGCUACUCCACUAAAAGAAUCUUCGAUUACGAAGAAGAGACCACCCUGUGAUCAAGACAAAGUAGCGAAAAGCGCGAAAAAAAUAAAAGCUAGACCAGAUUUUGCAUCUAUUCACAGAAAGAAUUUUGAUAAAAUGCAGUCAAUUGACGAUGUCGUGAAAAGACGUGAAGAGCAGAGGAAGAGACUCGCAUUAGGUAAAUCAGUAGAGAAAAAGAUUUUCAAACCUUCUGUAACGAGUUUAAAAGAAGCAACAUUUGAUUUUGGAAAAACAACACCAGCUAAUUCAACUAACAGUACUAAAAUUUUCAAGUUUACCGCUACGCCAUCUACAGGAUCACAGUCAUCUCGAAAAAAGUUUAAUUUGACGGAAUCAUUAAAAAAGCCUCUAAGUUACAAACCUCAUUGUGGUAAAUUGAAACCGUUUGAUGGUAAAAAUGUGUACACAACUGCACUGGCAAAAAGAAAGCUAUAG